AGUCCCAGGGAGGACUAAACCCAGUUAACACCGCGCUGGCCCGCCCCGCAAGUGGAGGCGGAGCUUCUGGGAGCCUUCGGCGGGGCGGGGGCCUGCUUAGAGCGCCUCCUCCACGACGUGGUCUGCGUGAUAAUGGGGCGUUGGAUGGAACGUGUCCUCUGUUGCCUCCGCCGCUGCGGGGCUCGGAGAAGUGCCGCUGCUUGUGCAUUCCCGACUAGGAUUUCCAAAUUUUAAGAUUCUAGGUGGAAAGGGCCCUGACAUUAGCUCUGAAUGUGUCAGGGACGCAUUGGGAGUCGGGGCGCGGUGUAAGGUGAGGCGGCCGGUCACGUCUGGGCACCAUGAAUUACUCUGGCCCAGGCUCCCCACUGAGCCCGGAGCCUAACGGCCGGGGCGGCGGAGGCGCCUGGGAACUGAGUUCGGAGGCGGUUUAUAGUAGUGUCUGCUGCUACGAGCACCUCCCCGGCGGGGACCCGACUGAUGCCGAGGUGACCUUGGCCCUGCUGGGCGGGGAUCCGGGGCUGCCCCUGGCGCAGGGCUUGGAAGAGCACAGCCAUCACUUGACUCUGGAUUCCUGCCUCAGCGACGAGACGUACGACUUCAGUUCGGCAGAGUCGGGCACCUCCCUACGCUACUACAGCGAGGGCGACAGCUGCGGCGGCGGCGGCGGUGGUAGCAGCUCCUCUUCGCUGCUGAUUCCCGCGCAGGCUCAGCAGUCGUCUCUGCACCCCGGCGGUGCGGCGGCUGCGACUGCAGGUUCGGGGGAGAGGACGCGAACCCGCCCGGGCUGCCAGGCUUCCCGGCAUCGCUAUGAAGUGGUGGCCGAGUUGGGCCCGGAGGAGGUCCGCUGGUUUUACAAGGAAGAUAAGAAGACCUGGAAGCCAUUCAUCGGCUACGACUCUCUUCGCAUUGAGCUGGCCUUCCGGAACCUGAUUCAGGUGACUGACAACAGGCCGCGGGCCAUGCGACCGGAGCCCGCCCCAGCCUCGAGCUCUGGGGAGGAGGAUGAGGAUAGCGCCUGUGGCUACUGCAGGAGCGCGGUCCUGAGCGAGCCGGAGCUGGAGGAGCUGGUCCACAUCGAGCCGGUGUGCGUCCGAGGCGGGCUCUACGAGGUGGACGUGGCCCAGGGAGAGUGCUACCCCGUCUACUGGAAUCAAAGUGACAAAAUACCAGUAAUGCGUGGACAGUGGUUCAUUGAUGGUACUUGGCAGCCACUAGAAGAGGAAGAAAGCAAUUUAAUUGAACAAGAACACCUUAAGUGUUUCAAGGGUCAACAGAUGCAAGAAAAUUUUGAUAUUGAAGUGUCAAGACCCAUGGAUGGAAAAGAAGUUGUCUACCACCUCCCUCCCUUCUCCCUCCCUUUGUUCAAAUGGAGAGGAUAUAAGGAGAGUACAGAUGCUGCAUGUCUUAAACGAAAGCGUUCCCAAGCUAUUCAUAGUUUCAAGUUGAGUCGAAACCAUGUGGACUGGCAUAGUGUGGAUGAGGUAUAUCUUUACAGUGAUGCAACAACAUCUAAAAUUGCAAGAACAGUUACACAAAAGCUGGGUUUUUCUAAAGCUUCAAGUAGUGGGACCAGACUCCACCGAGGCUAUGUGGAAGAAGCUACCUUGGAAGACAAGCCCUCACAGACUACUCAUAUUGUGUUUGUGGUGCAUGGCAUUGGGCAGAAGAUGGACCAAGGAAGAAUAAUCAAAAAUACAGCCAUGAUGAGAGAUGCUGCAAGAAAAAUAGAAGAAAAGCACUUUUCUAAUCAUGCAACACAUGUUGAAUUUCUGCCUGUUGAGUGGAGAUCAAAACUUGCUCUUGAUGGAGACACCGUUGAUUCUAUUACUCCUGACAAAGUACGAGGCUUAAGGGAUAUGUUGAACAGCAGUGCCAUGGACAUAAUGUAUUAUACGAGUCCACUUUAUAGAGAUGAGCUAGUUAAAGGUCUUCAGCAGGAGCUGAAUCGAUUAUAUUCACUUUUCUGUUCUCGGAAUCCAGACUUUGAAGAAAAGGGGGGUAAAGUCUCAAUAGUGUCACAUUCCUUAGGAUGUGUAAUCACUUACGACAUAAUGACUGGCUGGAAUCCUGUUCGACUUUAUGAACAACUGAUGCAGAAGGAAAGUGAGCUACCUGAUGAACGAUGGACAAGCUAUGAAGAACGACAUCUCCUGAAGGAACUCUAUCUAACUAAGCAGAGGUUGAAAGAAAUAGAAGAAAGAUUGCAAGGAUUGAAGAGAUCAACUAUAACACAAACACCUGCCUUAAAAUUUAAGGUUGAGAAUUUUUUCUGCAUGGGAUCCCCACUAGCAGUUUUUUUGGCAUUACGUGGCAUCCGUCCAGGAAAUAAUGGAAGUCAAGACCACAUUUUGCCUAGAAUCAUAUGUAACCGGUUACUAAAUAUUUUUCAUCCGACAGAUCCAGUUGCUUAUAGAUUAGAACCGUUAAUUUUGAAACACUAUAGCAACAUUUCACCUGUCCAAAUACAUUGGUAUAAUACUACAAAUCCUCUACCUUAUGAACAUAUGAAGCCAAGUUUUCUGAACCCUGUGAAAGAACCUACCUCAGCAUCAGAGAAUGAAAAUUUGUCAGCAGUAUCAAGUCCAGUGACUUCACCUGUCAUGUCUCGACGACAUUAUGGGGAAUCUAUAACAAAUAUAGGCAAAGCCAGCAUAUUAGGAGCUGCUAGCCUUGGGAAAGGGCUUGGAGGAAUGUUGUUUUCAAGAUUUGGACGUUCUAGUAGUUUAUCCACACCACAGCCAUCGGACACAUCAAAAGAAGUAACGGAAGAAGAAAAGAAACCCAUCAGCCCACCAGUCAGCACCACUAUGGCCACACAGACCUUUCCACACAGCACUUCCGGCUUUCUCGAUUCUACAUUGGAACUGGAUCACAGGAUUGAUUUUGAACUCAGAGAAGGCCUUGUGGAAAGCCGAUAUUGGUCAGCUGUAACGUCACAUACUGCGUAUUGGUCAUCCUUGGAUAUUGCCCUCUUUCUUUUAACUUUCAUGUACAAACACGAACAAGACAAUGAUGCAAAGCCAAAGUUAGAUCCAAUCUGAACUUCUGAAGGAACUUUAAUGGCACAAAAUUGAUGCUUGUUAAAAUUCAAUAUGUUUAAGACACAGAGGUUUCAGGUUUAAGUAUGUUUCAGUUUUAUUGGGGCAAGAAAUAUUUGUAUUUAAAAGCACUUUAUUUUUUUUUUAAAAUAUUAAGUCCUAACCUGAAUGAGUUAAUUUCAAAUUUUUAGAUAGCACUCUAUAUGGCAUCACAGAAGAAUGGUUGCUAAGGAAGACUUGAAAGGCCACUAUGGUAGCAAUCAUAAAACUGUUAAUUUAAGUAUAAAGAUUCAUUAUUCAAUGGAAUCCAAUUAGUUAACUAAAUAUAUGCACCUAAAAAUUUAUUUUAUGUAAGAAUAAAAAACAAAAGGCAGUGUUUUAAAUUAAAUCUACAUUUCCACAGUAACAUUGAGGCCCUUCUAACUACACAUUUAGAUUUUGUUGAAUUUAACUUAAUUACGUAACUAAUGUUUUAAAAAGAAACAAAUGGCUAACUACUGUAUUUAUAAUUUAUUACCUCUAAUUAUUUUAUUCUAAUGGUUGACGCAUUACUUUAAAAAAGAAAAACUUAAUUGGGCAUAAUUUAAGAAGUACAUUUCUACAGUGUUAUUUUUUUCCAGAAAAAAGAAAAUCUUUGUACUCUUCAGUUGAAUAUAUAGACAUUAUGGCAAAUUUUCAGUAUUUUUUUUUAUUUAAAAAUUUGUAGUUUCACACAAAUACUAUUCUAGUUAAGUUCUUUUUCCCUGCAAAAUUCUGUGAUUCUUUAAGGUACAUAUGUAACAUGAGAGAACUUUUUUAAAAGAUAAUUAGUUAAAAGCUUUAAGUAAAAAAAUUCAUAUCUCCCCAAGUUAAGUGACUUUAUGAAAUUCUACUAAAAUAUAUUUUCCAGAUGUUUAGGUAAUAUCAAAAUUUAAGGCAUAAAUUUUUAGGGCACUAGAAGAGUUUUCCUCAAGAUAAACAGUUUCCAAAGUGCUUUUCAUCUGAGGAGCCUGAAGUGCUUUAAAAGCCAUUCAGUAAUCUUCACAGUAGUUCCCAGAAGUAGAAAAAUGAAAAUCGUUCUCAUUUUACAGAUGAGUAAACUGAGGCACCAAGAUUUUUUUAAGUGCCUUGAGCUAGAUUAUAUAAAUUAGAAAAUAGAUUGCAGCCAAAUUUCUCUCCUCUGUAUUAUUAGCAAGACCAAUUCACAUUCUAAUUUGUAACCUGUUAGGGGUCUGCAAAUGAUAAUAUGUAUGUUACACCCUCAUAGUUUACACACAAAAAGCCAUGGGAUCAAUACUCUUCCCCAUUCCAUUCUUGUAAAUAUGUCGCAUGAGAAUGAGGUGUUUAAAAGGUAAUGCCAGAAAAGAAGCUGUCUGCCUCACCUUCCAUGCCAUCCUUAUUUUAUUCAUCCCUCAGGAAAAGUACUGAGUGUGAAGACAUCUCUGAUUAUCCUUGUAUGUUUUUAUACAUAUAUACAUACAUACGUAUAUGUAUAUUAUAUAUGUAUGUUUAUAUCUAUGUAUUUGUACACAUACAAGUCAUAUUUUCUGUUUUGGCCUUUCCAUAAAUUUAUAUAAAGUAAACCAAUUAUUUGAAGGUUCAAAAAAAAUAAUAAGACCAUAUUACUUACUAGCAUAUGAUUCACUAAGAAACUUUUGCUGUAAAAAGCUAUUAAUGAGAUCCCAUUAAUGCUGAAGCAGUUCACUUUCAAAUUUAGAAAUUCCCAUGAACUCAGGUCAUUUCCUUUGCCUGUUUAUUUUCUUGGGUCCAAUUCAGAUCUCAGGAUAAACAAACACAUCUCAAACAACUGAGUGAAUCGCUCAUAAGGUACUUGAAGACAUCUCCCUGUGUGUGGUUUGACACUUACCCUGAACUGUUUUUAGAGUUUUUCUUCAUAGUUGGAAUGCAAAGCAUUCUUUUUACCUGAAAGAGAGCAAAAUACUGUACUGUCCAUUUGAUUUGAUGUUCUUACAAUGACAGGAAAACAUUCGUCCAACUAUGGAAAAGGUUUGUUUUGUUCUAUAUCAAGAAAGUCACAUGAAGUUAAGCUUUUUUGAUGUUUUGGAGUUCGGUGCAUAAGAAGGGUCAGGUUGCUUAUUCUUUUUUAUCUUUAAAUGAGACCUUCUGACCACCAUAAGCUUCUUUUCUUUUUAAUGUGAGAGGAUUAUGUGUAUUGAUAGACACUACAGUUUUGAUUUUAUAGGACUGUACUUGUUUCUGUAGCUCUGCAUGUGUUCAUGGGAUGUACCUGUACAUACUCAAGUAACACACAGUAUGUGUACUUCAGGCUUGAUUUAGCUGUCAGUUACUGGGUAACAUUUUUGCAUCCUUAUUUGAGCAACUACGAAAUUGGCCGUAAGUAUUUGUUAUUUAGUGUACCACUAUGGUGAUUAUCCUGGGUACUGUUCAAAUAAUUUCGUCUUAUUAUAGUUUCCCAAAAGCUAUUAAAAGUUAAAGUGGCGAAACAUAUUGAUUGGAAAUUGUGCCAUUAAAGAAUAUUUUAACCAUUUCUCUAAAAUCAAUUUUUAUGAUUUUUUUUUGUUUUUCACCUGUAAAAUAUAGUUACUUGCUAGGCUGUUUCAGUUAAAUUGUCAUUGUUUCAUAAUUGGGUUUUUCUGUGUUUGCAAAUCUUAAUUGUAAAUCCCACUUGCUUCUUAUAAGCUCCUCUUCCAUGAAGAGGCUUAGGAAGUUUAUAUUUUCUUUGUUUAUAUUGGACACCAGUUGGAAUCUUUACCCUGGGUUUCCUAACAGGGAAUUAAAUUUUUUUUUAGUUAGGAAAAAAAAUCACUGGAGACAAGUUGAACUUUUUUUUUCCCCUCAAAAAAAAAUAUUCCUCUGGGAGAUUGUAAUGUUGAAAACAUGAGCUUUUUCUUUACCUUUGCUUUUGGAUGUGGGAGUUUUAUUCAUUUAUGCUUUCUCUCCUUCCUAUAAUUGAGGCAGAUCUUGAAGAAGUAUUUACAUUCAUUAAGAAUAAAUGUAGUCUGUAAUAUC